GUUAGUCAUCGCAGACUUACAGGAAGAGAAAGGGCGGGGGGUGAAACACGGACUGAUCACCCUAUUUCUUCAACUCCCCCGAGACUGUCCCAGGAAUGGCAGCUCUCAGGGGUGGAAGAUGCGACAUGGUCAGAGGCAGGGUGGGAACGAGCCCUGGCUGGUCGCUGCGGUUGGUGGCUCUGUGGACUCUCUAUGGAGUCGCUGGAGCACAGCCAUCCAUCACAGCUCAGUAUGGCGAGGACAUCACGCUGGACUGCACCUUCCACCACAUACCGGGGGUAAAACUCCAUCGACUGAACAUCACCUGGAAGAUGCAAAGAGCCGAGGGAGCAGCUCUCCUGGUUCACAGCUACUAUGGGCAGAGGGACCUGUGGCAGGGACAGGACAAGGUUUACCUGGGCCGGACGCAGCUGUACCGAGAGGGAAUCCACAAAGGAAAUGCGUCCCUGAGACUCAGGGCUGUGCGCUUCCAGGACGAGGGCUCCUACCUCUGCUACGUCACCUCUGAGCUGGGAACCUCGUCCCAGAAGAUUUCACUGGCCGUGCUCAGGGAGAGGGAAAUGGAGUCUCCUAUCGUAGCUCAGCUGGGGCAGGACGUCACCCUGAGCUGCCCCUUUGAAUGCGGAUUAAACCUCCAGCCGUUGAACAUCACCUGGAAGAAGGAAGAAGCCGAGGGGCGGGAUCUCCUGGUUCACAGUUAUUAUAAUGGGAUGGACACAUUGCAGAGACAAGAUGUCGCUUACAAGGACAGAACACAGCUCCACCCGGAGAGAUUCCCGCAGGGAAAUGCGUCCCUGACGUUACGGAGAGUUCGCAGCCAGGAUGAGGGAUUCUACAUCUGCCAUGUCAAGACGGAACUGGGGCGGUUUUCUGUGCGGAUGCAAGUUACAGUGGAAGGCUCUGUGAGUGACCAGCCAUCACCAGUUGUGUUCUAUGUCUCCUUGGGUUUAGCUCUAUUAUUAUUAAUUAUACUGUGUAUUAUCAUUAUGAAGUGCCGUCAUUCCCUAGUGCGAAAAUUCAGGAUUUUUCAGUUUUGGUCCCAACAGAAGCAGCAGGAGGGCAGGGACCAGUCUGAGUCAAACCCGUUGACAGCCAACGAGUCAUCAAAUCCAAACGCAUUCCUGCCACCACCUGCCAGCUCCUUCCUGGAGACAGACUUCAACUCACAGACCUAUGGAGCGGUUACCAUCAGACGCCCUAGAGGCUCUCAAGUCAUGAAACCAGGUUCUCGCAGGGAGACGCUGAGUUUUCCAGCAUCUUGGGCUGGCAACCAAAACAGCAUGAACUACAGGGAAAAGCUGCUACAAAAGAGGCAGUUUAGGAAGAGUUUGCCAUGCUCUCUGCAGGAGAAAUUGGAGAACUGAAAGCUGCUGUUGCAACAAAUAACCCCUCAGGGCUGGCUUCCGCGCUGCAAGAGGUCAGUGAGACAGUCAAGAAUGAAAAGCUUGAAGUUGCUGUAGUUGGAGAGACGGGAUCUGGAAAGUCGUCUUUUGUCAAUGCCACCCGGGGUCUGAAAGAACACGAUACAGGAGCUGCUGAGACUGGGGUGGCAGGAGAAAUGAUGGUGGAGCCCAAGGCUUAUCCACAUCCCGAACACCCCAACGUAACGCUAUGGGACCUGCCAGGGAUCGGGACAAUGAAUUGUCCCUCAGACACUUUCCUUAAGCCGUGUCACUUCAGACAGUGGGACUUGGUCAUUGUCAUCUCCUGUGGGCGCUUCACAAACACUGAUGCCAGACUUGUUGAGGAGAUUCGAACACUGGGGAAGACGUUUUACUUUGUCUGUUCCAAAGUGGACUCAGACGUGGUGUCUGCACAGAUAAAAAACUUCAGUGAGGAGAGCGCCCAGCAGAUGAUCGGAGAGGACUGUAUCUCGCACCUGGGAGGGGAUACCGACGUUUUCCUGAUAUCCAGCUGGGACCAUGACAAGUUUUAUUUCCCCCACCUGCAGCGAACGUUAGCCAAGGAAUUCCGCCGUCACAGGGCGCGUGCUUUGCAGCCGGCUCUCUCAAAGAGUUCUUUGCCCAUUUUGCACAAGAUAAACAAGUGUCAUUGUAGGAGGCAGAGCAGACAUGGGGACAAAAUCUACUCAGGUCGCUCCAAUUUACACCACCAGAUUAUUUGGCCCAUGUCCUACUUUUGUGUCCCUCUGCCAGCAAAACAAGGUGCCUACGAUUUAUUAGGGGUCCCAUUGGCCAGGGAGUCACAGUUCUUUCCCCGCUCCCCUGGUGUUCUGGGGGAGGGUUGGUGUGAUGGUUUGGGGAGCUGUCUCUGGACCUUCUGAAUUCUGGGUGAUGCAUGAAAUUGUAUCACCCUGUCGUAGAAAGCCGGAUCCACCUCUGCCGACAGUGCACGCAGCAGGCACACGCCGGGAAGGUACUCGACACUCAGCCAUGGCACUUGGACCACAAUCGCUCUGCUAAAGAGCUGCAGCCUACGGGGGAAAGCAACAGUUUGAUCUUCCCUGCCCAGAGAGAGGGGAGAAAUUACACAGCAAUAAAUAAAUAAAUAAAUAAAUAAAUAAAAGGCCGACGGCACCUGGUCAUGGUGCCCGGGUUAAUUGACGUGUGCGUGUGCUGUGGGGCUAAGAACAGCCAAGGGGACCUGCCCGCUUGAGCCAAAGGGCCGAGACCCUCCCCAAUUCCUGG